AUGUGUCUUGUGCUUGGUGAUCCACCUUGCCCCAAAACCUCCAAAAUUCCUUCACCAAAAUCAAACCGUCUUCCCUCAAACAUCCCUCUUCGGACCUUAACCAAUCGAUCCGAUCACGACCACGGCGCCCAAUCGACGUCAUUGCUGGCCGGCCACCACCGGGACCAGCCAUCCCACGAGAGACGCUCUGACGACUCUGCCGACUCCGACUCUUGGACGGAUACCGGAGAUCUCGCAGAGCAGUUGGCGGAUGAGGAGGAUCCCUUGCGAAAGACCAUCGCUGAUACCUCCAUUAAUGACGACCUCUUAUCCGGCGUAUUAAAGCGUCAUCCGAAACAUAAACGCGUCCAAUUUAGAAGAUCCGUCUCCGAACAUAGCAACCACCGUUCGUCGAGAUCUUUCUCUACAACCAUCGAUAAAGAAGCCAUCCAGGUCCCCAACGUUUCUCCACGCCGUAUUGGAAGAGCAGAGCGUUUCAUAGCCGCCAUCAUGCCGGGUGCCGGGGUUCACGGUUUCACGGGCAAGGCCCUAAUCUACUUUACGAGUAUAUUCGUAUCGUUGGGUGUUUUCCUAUUCGGAUAUGAUCAAGGUGUCAUGUCGGGUAUCAUCACUGGCCCGUACUUUAGAGAUUACUUCAAGAAUCCUUCUAAGGCCGAAAUCGGUACUAUGGUCGCUAUCCUCGAGAUUGGUGCUCUAGUCUCAUCCCUAAUUGUUGGAAGAGUUGGCGAUAUUAUCGGUCGACGACGAACAAUUCUGUAUGGCUCGAUCAUCUUCUUUGUGGGUGGUGCUUUGCAGACCUUUGCUGCCAACAUGCCUAUGAUGAUGUUAGGUAGAGUUAUCGCCGGUCUAGGUGUUGGCUCCUUAUCCACCAUUGUCCCGGUCUAUCAGUCUGAGAUUUCCCCUCCCCACAACAGAGGUAAAUUGGCCUGUAUCGAGUUUUCGGGUAACAUUAUUGGUUACACGACAUCUGUCUGGGUUGAUUACUUCUGCGGAUAUAUCGAGAGCGAUUUGUCGUGGCGUAUUCCUCUACUAAUGCAGUGCGUGAUGGGAGCCCUCCUAGGUCUGGGCAGUCUUAUCAUCGUUGAAUCCCCAAGAUGGUUACUUGAUAAUGAUCACGACGAAGAGGGCAUUGUUGUCAUUGCGAACCUUUACGGUGGCGGCGAUAUUCACAACGCAAAAGCAAGAGAAGAAUACCGCGAGAUUAAAAUGAACGUCCUACUCCAACGCAUGGAGGGCGAACGAACCUACUCCGAGAUGUUCCGGCGCUACAAGACUCGAGUCUUCAUUGCUAUGUCUGCGCAAGCCUUAGCCCAGCUGAACGGAAUCAACGUCAUUUCAUAUUACGCCCCCUACGUUUUCGAGUCUGCUGGCUGGAUUGGCCACGACGCAGUCAAGAUGACCGGUAUCAAUGGCAUAACGUACCUGCUUUCAACAAUUCCGCCAUGGUAUGUGGUUGAUCGGUGGGGUCGCCGAGUCAUCCUCUUAACCGGCGCGGUCGCGAUGGCAAUAUCCUUAUCUAUGGUAUCAUACUUCAUCUACUUAGAUAUCAAGUCUACACCAACAUUGGUAGUCAUAUUCGUUAUGAUUUACAACGCCGCGUUCGGUUAUUCAUGGGGACCUAUUCCAUGGCUCUACCCGCCCGAGAUCUUACCGCUGAGCAUCAGGUCUAAGGGAGCAAGUUUAUCAACUGCUUCUAACUGGGCCUUCAACUGGCUUGUCGGCGAGAUGACUCCUAUUCUCCAGGAAUGGAUUAAGUGGCGACUGUAUUUAGUACAUGCAUUUUUCUGUGUAGUGAGUUUUGUUGUUGUGUAUUUCAUAUACCCCGAAACUUGUGGUGUACGAUUAGAAGAUAUGGACUCGCUAUUUGGAGAUGCAAGCACUGCAGUAGGAACCCCUGGAGUGAGGUCUGAGACGGGUUCUUUAGUUAGAGCAGGAUCACCCGUUCCGUCACUCGACCUACGGGGACGGCCUCUGGGCCCGGACGCCAAUAUCCCCCCAAUGGAUAUUGACCCCCCUGUUCUUAAUAUUAUUGACGGGAAGCCGCAGCUACGGUCAGAAAGCCAGAGCUCACGGGGACGAGUAGGUGAAUGGCUGACGAGGAUGGUUGGGCAAAAUAGGGGGACGAGUAGCAGCCCGGCCGCCGGAGCUAGAUAUGCUCCAUUGGACCAGCGAGAUGACUAAAUUCACGAAAGAUGUGGCAUUAAAUUGGUUACGGGAGACUACUAGACUCUGAUUCAUAUAGACGGCGCUACGGCGCGGCGCGGCGGGAAUUCUAACGGCUAUGGCGGCCCGCAUUCUAACAUCAUUGUACAAUGUUUUGCAUAGUCGUUUUCGGCGGCUCAGGCAAGGAUCUCUACGGCGAAAGACAAG